AUGACGUUGGGGUCAAGGCGGAGCUUCCUCUCGUUCCUCCCCCGGCCGCGGCCGCCGCGGCGGUGGCUCUGCAUCUCCAAAAGGGGCCCUCCGACUUCUCACUGGGCCAGUCCGGCGCUGGGUGGCGGAGCCCUACACUACUCCCGCCAGUCUCAGAGCGGGGUUCCCUUCUCUUCAGAGUUUCGAGCAACUUUCCCCGCCUUUGGAGCUAAAGUGACUCGGGGACCGCGGCCGCCGCAGGUGGGAGCCCCGGCCCGGCUCUCCGCAUCUCCGCUGUGUGCUCGCUCUGGGCAAGCCUUCGGUGCGUGCACCCUGGGGGUCCCCGGCCUCGGCUCUGUGGGCGAGAUGCCUCUGGGACACAUCAUGAGGCUGGAUCUGGAGAAGAUCGCCCUGGAGUACAUCGUGCCCUGUCUGCACGAGGUCGGGUUCUGCUACCUGGACAACUUCCUAGGCGAGGUGGUGGGCGACUGCGUGCUGGAGCGAGUCAAGCAGCUGCACUACAACGGGGCCCUGCGUGACGGCCAGCUGGCGGGGCCGCGCGCCGGCGUCUCCAAGCGGCACCUGCGAGGCGACCAGAUCACGUGGAUCGGGGGCAACGAGGAGGGCUGCGAGGCCAUCAACUUCCUCCUGUCCCUCAUCGACAGGCUGGUCCUGUACUGCGGGAGCCGGCUGGGCAAAUACUAUGUCAAGGAGCGAUCCAAGGCAAUGGUGGCUUGCUAUCCAGGAAAUGGAACAGGUUAUGUUCGCCAUGUGGACAACCCCAAUGGUGAUGGCCGCUGUAUCACCUGUAUCUACUACCUGAAUAAGAAUUGGGACGCCAAGUUACACGGAGGGGUCCUGCGGAUAUUUCCAGAAGGAAAAUCAUUUGUAGCAGAUGUGGAGCCCAUUUUUGACAGACUCCUGUUCUUCUGGUCAGACCGCAGGAAUCCACAUGAAGUUCAGCCCUCCUAUGCCACCAGGUACGCUAUGACUGUCUGGUACUUUGAUGCUGAAGAAAGGGCAGAAGCCAAAAAGAAAUUCAGGAAUCUAACUAGAAAGACUGAAUCUGCUCUUGCUACAGACUGACCGUGGUGCAAUCCGCUGGCUGCAUUCAUUUACUGAUAGUUCUUGAAGUAUUAAGUGUCAAGAUCCAAAGAGUCUGUACAACCCCAUUACUGCCUGCACCGUUCAGCUCCCUGCCUUGUUUGUGGUACUUCCUGUUUUCUUGCCGGGACUGCGUUGACCUUCAGACACUCUCUUUGCCAAAUGAACUCAUUUGCUGACUCCAGAAAUACCUGCAGACAUUCUAGCUGGCCAGCGGUGUAACAGAUUUGGGAAUAUGGCGGCUGUUGUGCCCAGAAUUUGCCUCUUAUUUGCACUUUAUGUAUACAUCCUGAUUUGAAAGGAGGAGGUUUACAAAGAAAUAAAUUGGUGACAGACACCAGGAAGAAGCACCCUUGAAACCCUAACAGCGAGAAAGAGAAAUAGCUGAACAACUUCCAGAUGUCGUUAACCCUAGACUGGACAGUUACAAUGACCUAAUGACAUUAUCACCUCUGGUAAGGGCUGCGGUUGAUAUUUGUAAAUGUCCCACGGUGAAUGCUCCUUUUUCCUGGUCCCACAGCCUGUUCUUUCUGAAGGUCAUUGCUAAAUCAAUGACUCUCUUGUCGAAGAUGACCCCCAGUAUUUAUGCUCUACGUUUACAUCUUAUUUGGGAAACCUAAUUAUCCAGAGAAUAAAACUUGCCAGGUA